UGCCAAUAUCCCCGAGCCUGAAAGCCGACCGACGGAGCCGCCCAAAUCAGUUUGGACCGCAUGCAAAGUGUCUGUAUCCGUGUCUAAGUCGCACUAUUGCCGCGCCGGAAAACAACGACGUCCUCAGCGUCAGGCCAUCCAUGACAGUUCAUAUAUACAGACCACACAUACACACUCAUACUAGGCAGACCUUAUCGUUCUGUUGCCUGCCUACCUAAGGUUAUUACACUUCUGCCUGUCGUCUUGAUCGUAUCUCUCGCCGUUGGACUCGGAUUCACAUCUGUGGUAGAAGUUUCUCUACUCGAGCACUGGUCGCAUCGCAUUGUCUUGUCCGCUCGCUUGGCGAGGGUGCGGCGGCGGCGACGACGACAACAACAACGAAAAGAAGGACGACUGAUCUGAAUCGACUUCACUUGACUUUGUCGGCCUGAAUUGACACUUUGACGACUCAUUCGUUCGUCCCUGCGGACACCCCUCCGGCAUCGUCCAUAGGUUAGUUGCGACCGAUCGAUCACGACCCAGCAUUCAUCUAUUUGUCGAUCCAAGGGGGGCGGAUUUCGUUUCGAAUUGCCUCAUGGCCACGAGCCAGUCACUCUUUCCAAUGGCCAUGUCGAUGUCGAUGUCGAGGUCAACGUCGAGCGGGGGCGAUUCGCGCCGAAACGUCGUCGAUCUAAUCGAUCUCGAAGACGAAGAGCGGAAUGAUAAUACUACUUCUACGGCGGCCACAGCAGGCGGGAGUGGAGGCAAAAAGCAGAAAGUCACUACAGUCCGUGGUCGGGGGGGUACAACUGCCACGUCUAGUAAUACUACUCGAGGAGUGGUCGUGACAGGGGGAUCCGGUCGGAGAUAUGCGGACGACCGCCUGAUUCCGCAAGAUGAGGAAGACGAAGACGAUGAAGAUGAAGAGCUAGCGCACAAACGAGGGGGUGGUGAUGAAAGAGAUGGGAACGGGACAGAGAAAGGAGAAGAGGAGGAAGAUGUGGAGGAUCGAAACCAAGAUCAAGAAAAGAAUCAAGAUCAAGGAGCGGAAGAGGACGAAGACGAGCAGAAUGAAGAGGAAGAAGAGGACGACGAUGACGAGGACGAUGUUGAUAACUUCUCGACUUCCGAAAUCGUCACGGUCUUCGUAGGACCCAAGCGGAAAAAGUUCUUCCUCCACCGCGAACUGAUCUGUCAGCGAUCUCCGUUUAUGGAAAAGUGUCUAAAGAAAGGCCGGUUCGACGAAGGCUACAAAAACGAGCUGUACCUCCCUGAAGACGACCCCAAAGCAUUUUCUAUUAUUGUGGACUGGAUCUACCGCACCAAACUCCCGUCACGAACCGAACCACAAUUCGACGUGUCGGACCUCUCGGCCGCGUACUGCAUGGCAGAUAAAUUCGGGAUGGAGGAGCUUCAGAACAGCAUCAUGGACACGAUCCGCCUCAGUUUCGGUAGUCGCACGCGCGAAGCCAUGUCCGCCGCAGGGAUUAUAGGCGGAAAUAGCUCAGCGCCCGCGGUGAUCCCCAACUUUGGCGCCCUUGCCCUGACCCAUCUGACUGGACCGCACAAGUCACCAUUGAAACGGUUCUAUGUCGAACACUUGGUGUUCCACAUGAUGAAGAACCCGAAAUGGUAUCAUGAACUCAAACGCAACGAUCCCGCCCGCAUUGAUUUGGAGGAGUUGUUCAAGCUGCCGGAUUUGGUUUUUUACGUUAUGAAAAAGGUCUGGCAGUAUACCGCGGAGCCCUGGAAGGAUCCGGCUUUGUGGGAUAAGUGCUGUUACCACGUUCACUCCAACAAUACGGCCUGUGCGGCGAGGGUGUCGACUCUGGCGGGUGGUGGUGUCGGUGUCAAAGCCGCGGGUUCUAUCUCGGCUGCUAGUAGACAUCACCACCACCACCAUCAGCAGCAGCAGCCGGCCUCCACCAUGGCUGGUACUUCUACCCUGCCUCAUUUGAGGACCAGCCAUGGAGGUUGGCCGGCAACGAUGGGUGUUUGGAAUAAUCCGGGGGCGGCUGGGUGGUGAGAAGCCUCUGUCCGAAGAGAAGAGACCCUGUGUUGUCUUUGAUGGUUUGGGUUAUGGGUCUUCGUUGGAGAUUUGAUUCGCGAGGAUGACGAGUCGACUCUCGCUCGCAUGAAUCUGCCCGCGGGCGUGCAGUGUGCAAGCGUGCGAGUGCGAGUCGCGAGGCCCUUUCCAGGUCAAAGCACACCGUCACCCGAGUGUGUCUGUGUCGCCGUCUGUCUGCAGGCACACACAGGCUCAGCCUCGCAGAUUCUCUAAGACUACCACAAUCUUUGAAGCGGUUUCAAGCAGCCAACUCAAGACGCACAGGUCGACAACUGAUAUCACGCGGGGCUUUCCCUUUUCCUUUUUCUGUCUGCUUUUCAAGAAUUUACGAAUGAUCUUCACGACACGUCUCAUAUUUCAUGCUUUGCUUUGCAGUGCUCGCUGUGCAUGGCAUGGCCACUUUUUCCGGGAUUACGAAUGGCUUUGGGGACAAUGGCAAUGCAGUAAUGGAUCCGAUGAACAGCGAGGGGGUUCGGGGUGUAAUGGAUAUGUAUGUCUCUCGAUUUUGGUGGGCAAUGGAUUGGAUUUGGUAUCAGCAUGGACAUGUAACGGGCAUUGCCAAUGCUUCGAUGCUUGGAUAGUUGAGUACAUUUCGGGUUCUAUUUUUCUCUCAAGACAGGCUCUUCUCAUUUUGACCGAGUUGUUUAUAUCUAUUAAUCCCUCCUUUGCCUUCCG